AUGGCGGUAUCAGUACCCAUGACCAGAAAACAACUAAGCCCAUAACCAUCUGGUAGUCACCAACCAGUCAAAAAUCAACUACCUUCUAGUACUCUUCUCCCUCUAAUAAAAAACUCACUUCAUUCUUCUUUAUAAAAUUCCAAAAAUACAUUUAUUUCUCUCUGCUAAUUUUGUUGAUCAGUUUUUUCUGUCUAACGUUUAGAAUCACACACUCUAAGCAAUCCUCCUUAAUAUUGUGCAUAAUUAUUAAUGAUGGAGAUCAUACAGCCUAGCAGCCUGCAGCUACAAACCAUGUUGCAGAAUUCUGUGCAGUCAGUUAAAUGGACAUAUAGUCUUUUUUGGCAAUUUUGUCCCCAACAAGGGGUGUUAGUGUGGAAAGAUGGAUAUUACAAUGGGGCUAUAAAGACUAGGAAGACUGUGCAACCAAUGGAAGUUAGUGCUGAAGAGGCUUCUCUUCAUAGAAGCCAACAACUUAGAGAACUUUAUGAAUCACUUUCCGCCGGCGACUCAAAUCAGCCGGCAAAAAGACCCUCGGCCGCCUUGUCACCAGAGGACUUGACGGAAUCCGAGUGGUUUUAUCUCAUGUGUGUUUCUUUCUCUUUUCCUCCGUCCAUCGGAUUACCAGGCAAGGCUUAUUCAAAGAAACACCACGUAUGGAUAAUGGGCGCAAAUGAAGUGGAUAGCAAAGUCUUCUGUAGAGCUAUUCUUGCUAAGAUGAAAAGAGUGAUACAGCAACAGUGAAGGCUUUGCAAGGGAGGGGUAAGAGGAGAAUAUUAAAGGCUGUGGAAGGAGGUGUUGGUGGAGCACCGGCAAAGAUCACGGUGUCUCUGCCGUCUGAUGAAGAGAUUUUGCCAUUAGUAGAAGUGUCAAUUAUUGAGAACGAUGCACUGGUAGAGCUUCGUUGUCCGUACAAAGAAGGGUUGCUGUUAGAUGUAAUGCAGAUGCUAAGGGAACUUAAAGUGGAAGUUGUAGCCAUUCAAUCAUCUCUUAAUAAUGGCGUCUUAUUCGCUGAGUUGAGAGCAAAGGUAAAAGAAAAUAUAUAUGGAAGGAGAGCAAGCAUUCUAGAAGUGAAAAAGUCAAUACAUCAGAUAAUCCCUAGAGUUCAAAAUUGAUCUGUCAUUACCUUGUCCCAAAAAAAUGGUCUUUUCUUCCACUCUUUAACUCUUUCAAAACAAACAAGAGGUGGAUACAAGUGCAAGUAAUGAAUCAUGCCUGUGUGACUUGGAGAAGUUAGAUAAGUCAAUUUUUUGGGACACACUAAAGUAAGAAAAAGAAAAUUGCACGCAAGGAUGAAAAAGCAUGCAGCUAGUAAUUAUUUAAGUAUAUAAUUGUCUAUGGCCUCAACUAUUGAAUCGAAGAAUGAUGCUAUAUAUAUGGAUAUAUGUUUUAUUAAAGUUUAAUCCCAAGUCACAUAUGAGUA